AUCAGCCCGCUGCUACAAAACGAGAAAUUUCUUUUAAAAUUUUUCCGCCAUUUCAGUCCUUUGCAGUUCGGCAGCCUGGCUCAGGUCUGCAGUACCUGGAGAGAUGUUCUCUACAACCGACCGGAAUUUUGGUCGGAUAUCGUUCCGGUGAUCAAUUUUAGAGACUCCCAACAGACCAAUGAACAAACUCGUUGCAAACUUUACUCGAGUUUCCAGAGAAGAAAAUUUGAUUCUCUGAUCUUAAUCGGAUUAUCGAACACCGACGUAAUCGAUUUAAACCGAAACUUCUCAUACUGUCGAAGCGGUGUUCGACGUCUGGCGAUCCGACACACGAAUAUAUCCGAUCGGUCGUUGAAGCAACUGAUCGAACUCGUAUCCCACGUCACCGAACUCGAGCUGACGGGCUGCAAUGAAGUGACAGAAGCAGGGUUGUGGGGCUGCUUAGUUCCGAGGCUAACUAAACUGACGUUGGCCGAUUGUAUCAAUGUAGCCGACGAUAGCCUAGGAGCUGUUUCUCAACUUUUACCGAACCUCCGAGAGCUGAAUCUGCAGGCCUACCACGUGACAGACACGGCGCUCACCAUGUUCAGCACCAGGCAGUCGAGCAAUCUGAAAGCUCUGAGGCUCCUAUCUUGCUGGGAGAUCUCCAACCAUGGGGUUGUUAAUGUCAUCAGAUCCCUACCAAACCUGACGACACUCUCCCUAUCGGGCUGCACCAAGGUCACCGACGAUGGAGUGGAGGUGGUGGCCGAGAACUUGCGGCAACUUCGCACCCUUGACCUUUCCUGGUGCAGUAGAAUCACGGACGCGAGCCUGGAAUGUAUCGCUUGUGAUCUCAAUUUGCUGGAAGAGUUGGUACUGGAUAGAUGCACGCACGUGAGUGACGUGGGCGUGGGCUUUCUGGCGACGAUGACGUCAUUGCAGCGUCUCUACCUGAGAUGGUGUGGUCUGGUUAGGGACUUCAGUUUGCAGCACAUCUUCUCAAUGAGGAACCUACAAGUUCUUUCGGUCGCAGGCUGCAACCUAAUAACAGCAGCGGGAGUUGCCGGGGCAAGCCAGCUGACCACCCUCAGAGAACUUGAACUAACCAACAGCUCCGUACUGGCCUCUGCCGAACUUGUGCAGUACCUACACGAGAGUUUACCUGGUUGUGUUAUUAUCCAGUAG